GCGGAAAUCAGAGUUGUUCGCGAUCUCGCAGGGUGCGCAUCGCCUAAAGAUCGAUCGAUCUCGCGCUUUAGGGAAGAGUGCAGUCCAUCCGAGGCUGAUAGGCAGUGGGAGGGGACGAUGGAGCCGAGAGGAAGCAUCGCGCUGGUCUAAGUCGAGCGCGUUAGUCGAACUAAGGCUUCCAUCGGAAGGAGUCGGUACUAGCGGUGAGACACGACACAUGAGCCGGUGAUAUUACCGAGUUGUGACCUGCACGAGUUCGCAAUUGACGUGACCGGGGACUGACCAGGACAAUGCGCCUCCGGCAACUCCACGUCGCCACGACGAUCCUCCUCGCCCUCGCGACCAUCAUCCGCCACGGGGCGGCCGUGAUAUGUUAUCAGUGCAAUAGCGAAUACGAUCCGAGAUGCGGUGACCCUUUCGACCCUUAUAGCCUUGGUACAGUUAAUUGUAGUUUUCAGCCACGUUUGGAGCAUCUCAGUAAUCUCGAGCCCACACUCUGCAGAAAAAUUAGACAAAAAGUGUACGGAAAAUACCGAGUGGUACGUGGCUGCGGUUUUCUGGAGGACGAAUUAGCUGACAACAAGGAGUGCCUAAAAAGAAGCGGCACCCAUGACGUGGGUGCCCUUUACUGUUCAUGUACCACUGACCUUUGUAACAGUGCCAACACGAGUCAGCCCUUGGUUGGACUCAUUGUUCUACUUGGUUUCGGUGCCCUAUUAAUCAGUGGGAUCCUAAAGGCGCCCUAA